AUGAAUCGGAGCCCAUCGGAGUGGUUCUUCGAGAAGUUUCUAGAAGAGGAGGCCGCGGUCGCAAAAAGCCCUAAUUUGAAUCCGAACCCGGAUCCAGGUCCAAACCCUAACAAUCCUUGCCCAUCGUCUGUCGUCUCUUCGAAUUUCGAUGAUGAGAUCGUCGAGAUCAAGAAGCCUCAGAUCUCCGCCGUUGGUUCGGUGCCGCCAUCGACGUCGUCUGAUCCAACGGCUGAGGUUGAUCCCAAGGAGUACGCGGCGAUGCUGAAGCAGAAGCUGGAUUUGUACUGCCACGCCGUUGCAGUAGCUAGGAAUUCAGGCAUACAGCCCCAGGAUUCCUCUGUACCUGAGUCCCAGUCCCCAGUUUCAGACUCCUCACAGCUGAGACCUCAAGCUCCAUUGAGUGGUGGUGGGUCAAGCGGAAUUCCAGCCAUACCCAUCUUGCAGAAUUCAGGGGUUCAGGCCCGGCCAGUUACAAGUGGUUCAUCAAGAGAGCAAUCUGAUGAUGACGACCUUGAAGGAGAAACUGAAAUGACUGAUAACAUGGACCCUGCUGAUGUAAAACGUGCAAGAAGGAUGCUCUCAAAUAGAGAGUCAGCAAGGCGCUCUCGAAGACGAAAACAAGCACAUUUAAGUGAGCUUGAUGCACAGGUGUCACAAUUACGAGGUGAAAACUCAGCUUUGUUGAAGCGUCUUACUGACAUAAACCUGAAGUACAAUGAAGCUGCUGUAGACAAUAGGAUACUGAAAGCAGAUGUGGAGACUUUACGGGCUAAGGUCAAGAUGGCCGAGGAUGGUGUAAAGAGAGUAACUGGCGCUUCCAUGUUCCCAACAAUGUCGGAUAUGUCUUCCAUCAGCAUGCCAUUCUCCGCGAGCCCAUCUGAAGCAACCUCUGAUGCUGCUGUUCCGAUCCAUGAUGAUCCGAACCUUUUCUUCCCUGGCCCAACUCAUGACCACCGGAGAGUCAACCCCAACCUCCCCGACAUUGCCUCCACUUCUCUUAAUGCUCCUUCGAUGCAGCGAGUAGCAAGCUUGGAGCAUUUACAGAAUAGAAUUUGUGGCACCCCAGGUUCUUGUGGGUCCGGGAGCUGGGAUUCUGCUGGUUGGGAUCCUGAAAUCUCUAACAGCAAGAACCAUAAGUAGGCUUAUGUUUGGGUUAGUUGCACAUAGAUCCCUGUGCUAUCACCCAAUUGCGAAUUGACCCCUGUAGUUCUAUUGUUGCAGAAAGCCCCUUGAGGCAUGGUUAUGCUGGAGGGGAGUGAGGGGAGGUACAAAAUUUAAAUUUUGUGUUUGGUAGAGUGUUUGGAGGGGGGAGGUGGAGUGAGGGGAUGGACAAGUCAAAAUGAACUAGCUAGAAAACUGCAAAACAAAUUGAUGGAACUAGGUAAGAAUCCACCUUGUCUUGCUCUUCCUCCAACCAAAAAUAUGAAGGCUAGAAGGGAUGUCCUUCUCAUUUAACCUCAUUGCUACUCGCUCCUCAAACUCCCUACCAAACCAAGCCCAUUUAACCUCAUUGCUACUUGCUCCUCAAACUCCCUAUCAAGCCAAGCCCUUGAAUGAAUUUUUUUAACUAUUUAAGAAGAGGAAUUUUUUUGACAAAUAGUACAUUAAAAGAGUUUUAAAAAAUCACAAGUGGGUAUGUACACAAUUAGGUGAUAUUAGUAGGGGUCUAUUCGCAACAAUAGAGCUAAGGGGGUCUAUUUACAAUUGGGCAUUAGUAUAGAGGGUCUAUCCGUAAUUAACCGUAGAGAUAUUGAUGAUUGCUUAUUGGGCAUUGAGGGGUAGAGCCCUUUCUUAGUUGAAUGUAUCUAUGAUGUGCUCCUGUAUUGUGUAUGGAUCCUAUAUAAUUCGAGAUCUUGCCUAUUUUUAUUUGAACUAAGAGUAUAAACGUAUUAAACUAUGGACUCCGUUACCA